GUAACAAGGGCUAUGGAAAGGGAGGGGAGUGUGUGGGGAGGUGGGGUUGGGUACUAAGGGCUUUGUGUCAAUUAGAUCCAAUGGAUUAUCUUUUUGAAAUGUUUUUUUUUACAGACAGAGUUGAGAAUCAAAGGAGUUCUGCCUUCUAAAGAAGGAGAAAAAAAGAAAACCUACAAAAGCUGUGAAGAAACCUUUGGUCCAAGUGUUGGUGUUGAGAAUGCAAAACAGAUUACUGAACAUUUUCCCACUCUGCUUUUCUCAAAUGUGCCGUUGUUUUCGUGUUCCCCUGUUCCAUUUGCACAGGGUGAGGUUGGUGUGAGCUGUGGUGGCCUAUGGGCUGCUGGCCAACACCGACGUACUAUGUGCUCUGUAGCCAACAUUAGCUUCUGUCUGUAGACUACCUCGACACAAUCAGAGGGCUCUGCUCCAAAGCCCCAUGAGAGCCACAGAGUCCUUGUUUCAGUAGAACUAACAGGGACUCCGCUUGUGCUUUUUUUCUGUUCAACCAAAGAGCCUUUUGUAACUUGACUUGACUACACGAUGGAGGAGUUGCUAGUUGUUUACGUCAAAUGUUGGCUGUAUGGUUCAUAUACAAAUGGCAUACAUAUGAUAUAAUAUUAAUCCAUUUCUUAUCUCAUGAAACUACUCAAAUCCUUAGUUUUAGGCAAACAACCAAAACAUAAUUCUCAUGAGGUGGAGCGGUAUGCUCAGUUCCAAUGAAUGUCUAAUUAGCGGACCCCCAAAGCCAAAAGUUCUGUGCCUCUAUAAGUCCUCUUAUUUAUCCAUACACUUUUGUUUGGAUGCAUGUCUGUAAAUGUGGAACUAUAUAAGGACUUCGUAAAACAUUCAUAAACAGCUCAUAAUACCUUCAUGAAAUGCUCAUUUUCUUCUUCAAGCCCUUAUGUACAGUAGGUAUCCUUCAUAUCAAGCAUUGCUGCUGUGUGAUUGGCUGUAGGGGCAUAAGGCACAGGGUGCCCAGGGUCAGCUGGACAUGGAGGGGGCUCUGACCGCCCGAGACCGCGUGGGGAUCCAGGACUUUGUCCUGUUGGACACCCAUACCAGCGAGACUGCUUUCCUAGGCAACCUGAAAAAACGCUUCAGUGAGGACCUAAUUUAUACCUAUAUAGGCACUCUGCUAGUGUCUGUGAACCCCUACAAGGAGUUGGAUAUCUACAGUAAAAAACAGAUGGAUAUAUAUAUGGGCGUCAACUUUUUUGAGCUUCCACCACAUAUUUAUGCCCUGGCGGACAACGCAUACCACACCAUGAUGGCUGAGGCCAACAACCAUUUCAUCCUCAUCUCUGGGGAGAGUGGUGCCGGCAAGACCGAGGCUUCCAAGAAGAUCCUACAGUACUAUGCUGUGAGCUGCCCCAGUACUACCCUACUGGACAGUGUCAGGGACCGGAUGCUGGUGUCCAACCCUGUGCUAGAGGCUUUCGGCAACGCCAAAACACUGAAGAAUGACAACUCUAGUCGCUUUGGAAAGUACAUGGAUAUCCAGUUUGACAUCCAGGGGGAUGCCGUGGGGGGCCAUAUCCUGAGCUAUCUGCUGGAGAAGUCCCGAGUGGUCCACCAGAACCACGGAGAGAGGAACUUCCACAUCUUCUACCAGCUGGUGGAGGGAGGGGAGGAAGACCUGCUGCAUCAGCUAGGCCUCGAGAGCAACUGCCAGCACUACAGUUACUUGGUGCAAGACGAGUGUGCCAAUGUGACGUCGAUCAAUGACAAGAACGACUGGAAGACGGUGAGAAACGCCCUGUCCGUCAUCGACUUUGACGAGAGCGAUAUACAACACCUAUUUGGGAUCAUAGCAAGCGUCCUCCACUUAGGGAAUGUGCAGUUUGAAGCUGACAGCAAAGGCUACGCCACGUUGAACAAGAACACAGAACUCCGCUGGGUGUCAACAUUGCUGGGAAUUAACGUUCAAGUACUGCAGGAAGGGCUGACAUACAGGAAGAUUGAGGCCAAAACAGAUGAGGUGCUCAGCCCGUUCACAGUGGACCAUGCCAUCUAUGCCAGAAAUGCCCUGGCCAAAGCCAUCUAUGGACGCACCUUUACCUGGCUGGUCAAUAAGAUCAAUGAUUCCAUGGAGAAUAAGGAACCGUCAAGGAAGACGGUUAUUGGUCUCCUUGACAUAUAUGGCUUUGAGGUUUUCUAUGUCAACAGUUUUGAGCAGUUCUGUAUAAACUACUGCAACGAGAAACUGCAGCAGCUUUUUAUCCAGCUGACCUUGAAGUCGGAGCAGGAGGAAUACGAGGCAGAGGGCAUUGGGUGGGAGCCUGUCCAGUUCUUCAACAAUAAGAUUAUCUGUGACUUAGUGGAGGAGAAACACCGGGGCAUCAUUUCAGUACUGGAUGAAGAAUGCCUGAGGCCUGGAGAGGCCACUGACUUCACAUUUCUGGAGAAGCUUGAGGAGAAAAUGGGCAGUCACCCUCAUUUCAUCACGCACAAGUUGUCUGACAAGAAGAUUCGUAAGACGCUGGAUCGGGGUGACUUUCGCCUUCUGCAUUAUGCUGGGGAGGUCACCUAUGGCGUUGUGGGGUUCAUCGACAAAAACAAUGACAUGUUAUACAGAAACAUCAAAUAUGUGAUGCGGCAGUCAAAAAAUGCCAUAGUCAGAGAGUGCUUUGCUUCCACAGAGUCAGAUAGCAGGCGGCGACCAGAGACGGUUGCUAGCCAGUUUAAGAGCAGUCUGCUGGGACUGACAGACAUCCUCAUGUCUAAGGAGCCCUGGUAUGUGCGCUGCCUCAAAUCCAACGAGUCCAAACAGCCAGGUCGUUUUGACGACGUGCUGGUUCGGCACCAAGUGAAGUACCUGGGGCUGAUGGAACACCUUAGGGUCAGACGGGCAGGUUUUGCAUACCGACGCCGCUACGAGUUGUUUCUGCAGAGAUACAAGCCCCUAUGCCCAGCCACCUGGCCCCAUUGGAGAGGAGUGGCUGCAGAAGGAGUGGAAGUGCUGGUGCAGCACCUGGGAUACCUGCCAGAUGAGUACAAAAUGGGCAGAACCAAGAUAUUUAUCCGCCACCCCAGGACACUUUUUGCCACAGAAGAUGCCUUCGAGGUCUGCAAACAUAAACUUGCAUCAAGGAUUCAGGCCCAGUACAAGGGAUACCGGCAAAAAGGAGAAUUCAGAAGACAGAAAGAAGCUGCCACCAAGAUUGAGACUUGCUGGAGAGGAGUUCAAGCCAGGAAAGAGAAAGAGAGGAGACAAUGGGCUGUCAAGGUCAUCAAGAAGUUUAUUAAAGGAUACAUGACCAGAGGGGAGGCAAAGACUACUGAUAACUCUGAAUACCUGGCCUUUGUCAGACAGAACUACCUCAACAGGCUGAAAGACAAUCUCCCAAAAACAGUUCUGGAUAAAAUCAGCUGGCUAACCCCUCCACCUGUAUUGACUGAGGCCUCAGCGAUCCUGCGUCAGCUCCACAUGCGUGUCAUGGUGACGAGGUACGUCAGAGGGAUCACUGCACAACAGAAAGCACAGCUUCAACUCAAGGGGAUCACCAGUGUUAUCUUCAAGGACAAGAAGGACAGCUACCCUCAGAGUGUCUCCCAACCCUUUGUUGACACCAGGAUCAGUGAACAGGACAUCAAUAUGAAGAUCCUGCAGAUAAUUCGCCAUGAACGCAUCAAGUAUAGCGUACCAGUGGUGAAGUAUGAUAGGAAUGGGUUUAAACCCCGACCUCGGCAGCUCAUCCUCACGCAGACGGCUGCCUAUGUGGUGGACGAGGCCAAGAUCAAACAGAAAGUGCAGUACACUACUCUGAAAGGUGUGUCUGUCAGUACCUUGAGUGACAGCAUCAUCAUUUUCCAUAUUGCAAGUGAAGACGUUAAACAGAAGGGGGACCUGGUCAUCCAGUGUGACCACCUGUUUGAAGUGUUGACCAAACUCAGUGUGGUUGCCAACAAGCAGAGCGCUAUCAACGUGGUCCAGGGCAGCAUCUCGUUUCAGAUACAGGCGGGGAAAGAGGGUAUUGUGGACUUCAGCAGUGGCCAGGAGUCCAUGGUGUACAAAGACAAGAAUGGACACCUCAUGGUGGUAUCCACUCGGACCAAGGCUCGGUGAACUGCUCAGUGCCCAGCAGAUAGACACACUGAGAGAACGAAUAAGGUCUCAGGAGACUGACCAAGCACAUUAGAACCUGUGGACAACAUCUGUAUUCUGCUCCUGUAUAGCCUGAUUCCAGAUCUGUUUGUGUUGUGCAUAUAUUUAACUCAAUAGCCAGUUGGCAAGACACCACAAACAGAUAUGGAAUCAGGCUGAGUUUUAUAGAGAUGAACCCUAAAACAGAACUACAGCACUUGUUUUCAGGAAACCAUGAAAGCUACGAACCAAUGGCUCAAUGUCAUUCUCUAGGCAGAGCUCAUAAGAAAAUAAAUCCCCCUUAUGCACCCAUCCUGUCUAAGAGAAUUGACUGGAGACAAGUGUUCAUUUAAGGGACCAAAACAGCACAAACCUAUAAGGAUCUUUUGUGAAUUCAAGGCUAAGGGAGGCAUGUGUAUGCAUGCUGGUUUAGUUUUCCAGUUGUAAACAAACAUUACUACACUGACUGAGAGCAGGAUGCAUUGCUCUCUAAAAUAGUCAAUUACAUUUCUUUGCACUAUAUCAAACCAUCAGGCUACUCUUGUAUAGGAAUCACUGAUUGAUUUAGCAACAAUGUACCAUCAUUUUACACUUCAAAUAUAAGAGUAAACAAACAUUCUUGUAGAUUUUUUUUAAUUUGUGAUAAGGUAUGUAUAAAUAUAUGUCAAACAUUUUGUUGUACAAUUGUACAGAUGAAUCUACAAGCACUGGUUGUUAAAAGGGGACACAGUGUGUAGAUGUACGGUUAACAGGUCUAAUUUCUCUGCCUGUUAAAAGCCCUCCUUGAGUUGAGCUCUGGUUUCAGACAUUAAUUUCAGCCUUGGAGCUCUUUCAGCCCAGAUAACACUUCACACCACAGCUCAAGUG